AUGUUUCAUAUUGUUUUUCCUGCUCUGCCAUACACGACCACGGAGGAGGAACUGGAAGAGCAUUUCAGUCAGUUUGGCGGUGUCUCACAGGUUCAUUUAGUUGUUGAUAAGGAAACGAAACGAUCCAAGGGAAUAGCUUAUAUUCAUUUCACAGUUCCAGAUUUUGCAGCCAGGGCGUUGCAAGAGUCAGACAAUUCAAUCUUCCAGGGAAGAUUAUUACAUGUUAUGCCAGCUAUACCAAGACGUUCAAACAAUGAAGAGAACAAUGUUUCCAAGGAUCAAGGAACAAAAACUCUCAAACAACGAAGAGAAGAAGAGAGGAAAGCAGCUGAAGCUAGUGGAGAUACCAGAGCAUGGAAUAGUCUGUUCAUGCGCCCUGAUACAAUUGUAGAAAAUGUUGCUCGGAAAUAUGGUGUUAGUAAAAGUGAUUUACUGGAUCGAGAAGCUGAUGAUCUUGCUGUACGUAUUGCUCUGGGAGAAACACAAGUGAUUUCAGAAACAAAAAAUGCAUUUAAAAAAGCUGGAGUGAACGUGGAAGCUUUGGAGGAGCUUGCGAAGGGUAAAGUUGAUGGCAUUAAAAGAAGUAACCAUGUAAUUUUAGCCAAGAAUUUGCCCUAUGGUGCUACCGAAAAUGAACUUGCAAACAUGUUUGGGAAAUUUGGUAGUUUGGAUAAAAUAAUUCUCCCCUCCACCAAAACAUUGGCCCUGGUUGUUUUCCUUGAAGCAGCAGAAGCUGAAUUACGGUGGCACUGGCACACAGACGAUUUUAGCAAAAACUACCAACAAAAUCACAGCGCCACCAUGAUUUUAUCAAACUUACCGUCUUUCCAAAAAUGCAUGCAAGCAAUUUUGUUAACUUGUGCUGUUUUUUUUGUGUGUUUGAUCACACCAGAUGUGUCUCCUAUACCUCUCACUCCGGAUUAUGGUGGACCGACUGUAAGCUAUGCAGAUGGAGUAUUAGAUACACGCUUUAACCGUUUUAUUGCUGUAAGGGAAGAUUGUAGGGAAAGCAGUCUAAAUCCACCUACAACUAUUGUAUCCAUAGCACUUGGCAACAACAAUGUUCAGGGUAAAAAUUUCCAUCUUACUAGUGAGUUUAGCUUUAUGAGGAGCUUAAUGAAUACUAUGCGUGUGUGUUUAUUUGUUGUUUGUUAUAAGUUUUCAUAA